GUUUAAAAACAAGCCAUAUGACCUGUUUGACCUCUUUAGUGUAUUUGAAUUUUAAUAUAAAAGGAGCCCGGAUGCGCCUCAACUGUAUAAAUAAAAGUUCCACCUACUUUUUUUCUCCCCCAUCUAACAUAGUCAAAACCCCAUCAUUUCUCUCAAUUUCUAUAUUAUUCCUUAGAUUGAUUCAACUCAAACCCAAACAUGGCUGGUGAAAUCCCGGAGGAGGCAACGGCGGCCGGGAAAGUCAAAGUGCUGACCAAAAGCUACGUGAAGCCGAGGAAGGCGGUGGGCAGGAAUGAGUGCCAAUUGGUCACCUUUGACCUCCCUUACUUGGCCUUUUUUUACAACCAAAAAUUACUCAUUUACCGCGGCGGUGAGUUUGAGGAGGUGGUGGAGAAGUUGAAGGACGGUUUGGCGGCGGUGUUGGAAGACUUUUACCAGCUGGCCGGGAAGCUCGGGAAAGACGAGGAAGGGGUGUUUAGGGUGGAGUACGACGACGACAUGGACGGCGUCGAGGUGGCGGUUGCGGCGGCGGAUGCGGUGGAGGUGGCGGAUCUCAUUAAUGAGGAAGGGACCGCCGUGUUCAAGGACUUGAUCCCCUACACUCACAUCUUGAACAUUGAAGGCCUUCAUCGCUCACUUCUUGCCUUGCAGCUCACCAAACUCAAGGAUGGACUCGCGAUUGGAUUGGCAUUCAAUCACGCGGUGCUAGACGGUAUGUCCACGUGGCAUUUCAUGAGCUCAUGGGCAGAGAUAUGCCGUGGGGCCAACUCCAUCUCGGUCCCACCCUUCCUCGACCGCACAAAGGCUCGACAAACCAAAGUCAAGCUCAACCUAUCCAAGCCAUCCGACGCCCCAGAACACGCCAAAUCAGCACCGGUCAACGGUGACGUCACGGACCCUAAACCGGGCCCACAGCUCCGGGAGAAAGUCUUCAAAUUCUCCGAGUCAGCAAUCAACAAGAUCAUAGCAAAAGUCAACGCCGGCGCGCUACCAUCGGACGGCACAAAAAAGCCCUUCUCCACAUUCCAGUCCCUCUCCACGCACGUGUGGCACGCGGUGACACGCGCCCGGGAACUCAAGCCGGAAGACUACACCGUCUUCACGGUGUUCGCCGACUGCCGCAAGCGCGUCGACCCCCCGAUGCCGGAGAGCUACUUCGGGAACCUGAUACAGGCGAUUUUCACGGUGACUGCCGCCGGAGCUCUGCUCGGGAGCCCGCCCGAGUUCGGGGCGGGCUUGAUACAGAAAGCGAUCGAGUCGCAUGACGCGAAGGUGAUCAACGGGCGUAACGAGGAGUGGGAGAAGGACCCGAAGAUUUUCGAGUUUAAGGAUGCGGGGAUGAACUGUGUGGCGGUCGGGAGCUCGCCGCGGUUCAAGGUCUACGAGGUCGACUUCGGGUUCGGGACGCCGGAGAGCGUGAGGAGUGGGUCCAACAACAGGUUUGACGGGAUGCUGUAUUUGUACCAAGGCAAAAGUGGCGGGAAAAGCAUUGACGUGGAGAUCACGUUGGAGGCGGGUGCUAUGGAGAAGCUGGAGAAGGAUGCAGAAUUCUUGGUGCACUAGAUGGAUGAUGAUGACAAUUAUUAUUAUUAUGAUCAUUUUUAUGACAAUUAUUAUUGCUCUAUAAUAAAUUACUCCGUAAUUAAUCAAUUCUGUAUAAUAAUCAUUGAAGUUGAUCGUAGAGGACGCCGGCUCUAACAUAUAAUUAGUAGAACACCUUAUUAUAUUAUUAUUGCUAUUGGAUAAUUUUAUUAUUAUUAUUAUUAUUUUAUACUUGUUCAUUUUUUAAUGGAAAGUACUUAUAAUAA